AUGCUAAUUACAAGUACCAGUUCUACCCGGAAUUCACGGAUCGAACGUUUGUGGGUUGAGGUGGGCACGCAGUUUGCUCGGAGAUGGAGGGCGUUUUUUACUCGCCUUGAGAAUUACCACGGACUUCGCCCCGACAUCCCUAGUCACAUUUGGCUACUUCAAACACUCUUUCUUAGCGAAAUCAAUCGGGACUGCUACGACUUUCAAGCGGAAUGGAAUUGUCAUCCAAUAAGCGGUCCGGAUACAAAUGAUAAGAGUCCAAAGGAUUUACGUUUUUUGGGACAGGUACAAUUCGGAGUAUAUCAAGAUGACUGUGAAGGGAUACAUCCCGACGUAAUUGAAGAGUAUUACGGCGUCUAUGGCCGUGUUGCAACUCGACGCCAACACCAGACCGGAGCAGGUCAUCCCAUGGAUGAAGAAGACAGUGAUGAUGGUGAGGAACCUCAAGAUAUAGCACAAGUGGUCAAUAAUCAGCAAAGGGAUCAUGUCCACCAUGAAGCCAUUGGUGUUCCGUCGCAAAGGAACCCUUUCGUCAAUGAAGGAACAUACCAGCAAUUUUCUGCCACUCUCACCGAAGUUGUAGCCGAAGACAUAACACCACGCCAUUGCAGGCUGGCCGCAGAUGAGUGGGAAGGUAAUGGAUACCCUGUUUUUGAGACCAUUUCCGUUGGUCGCCGGGGAUCCAAAGAGCUUCAUGUGUCGCUUGGAGAAUUGAUAUGGUUUAGUCGAGCAAAGCUGUGGUGUCAAGCAUUAGUAGUGUUGUCAUAUUUUUUAGCUGCUGGUAGAGAGUGA